AUGAUGUAUAUUUUUCUGCUUCAGACACUAGUUCACAUAUCUGUAUCUGUGAGAAUUUACAGGAAAAAGGAGGAACCUCAAAAUAAAGUCAAAGUCUUAAAAUUCUGGAUUGAGGUAUAUGACGCAGUGCUUGCAUUGAUUUAUCUAAUACUAUUGGUAGAAAACUUUAGAUUCUCAGAGUAUGUCUAUGAUAACUUAAUUGAGGACCUGAUUCACUCUUAAGAAUCUAGAAUUGAUAGAUGGGUAAAAGGAGCAAGUGAAUAUAUUGAAGCUAAUACCAAGGACUGGAUGAUUGGAACUAAAGAUUUUAUACUAAAAACUCUUAAUAAUGCCUUAGUCCCAAUGGUUAUGGAUUUAGUUAGAAACGCUAUCUACGGACAGUAAAACCUAAACUUAGCCCAGCAUGAUAAAGAAUAAAAAGAAGGUGAAUAAAAGCCAGAGGAAGAGAAAAAAUCUGAAGAAGAAUUAAAAAAGUCAGUGCAUGAUAUAGAUUGA